AUCCGCUCACGCAUGUUUUGGCGGGGUUGAAUGUGUCUAAGGUUGUAAAACAGCAUAAAGUAACGUGUACAUUGCCUGGAUAACCAUUUCGCAAUUCCAGUAUGCCGAGAAUCGACAACGACCUGAAGCUAGACUUCAAAGAUGUGUUAUUUCGUCCCAAACGAAGCACACUGAAGAGUAGAUCUGAGGUUGAUUUAACAAGAGAAUUUAUAUUUAGAAACUCCAAAAAAGUGUACAAUGGUAUCCCGAUUAUUGCUGCUAAUAUGGAUUCAGUAGGAACAUUUGAAAUGGCAAAAACCUUUGCAUCUCAUUGUUUAUUUACCACUAUCCAUAAACACUAUUCCAUUGACGAAUGGAAGGAAUUUGCAGACAAUAAUCCCAGUAUUAUAGAGAAUAUAGCCUGUAGUGCGGGUACAGGUGAAUCUGAUAGGGACAAAAUACGUAAGAUCAUAGAGGCUGUGCCCAAGAUCAAUUACAUAUGCCUGGAUGUUGCUAACGGUUACUCAGAGUACUUUGUUGAGUGUGUGAAACAAGUCAGAGCGGAAUUUCCAAAACAUACUAUAAUGGCUGGCAAUGUUGUUACUGGUGAGAUGGUUGAAGAGUUGAUUUUAGCCGGUGCUGAUAUUAUUAAAGUUGGUAUAGGACCAGGUUCUGUGUGCACCACACGUAAAAAGACUGGCGUUGGAUAUCCACAGUUAAGUGCUGUGAUCGAAUGUGCCGAUGCUGCUCAUGGUCUGGGUGGUCAUAUUAUUUCUGAUGGUGGCUGCACAUGUCCAGGAGAUGUAUCCAAAGCAUUCGGUGCCGGUGCUGACUUUGUUAUGUUAGGUGGGAUGUUGGCAGGACAUGAUCAGUCAGGUGGCGAGACUAUAGAGAAAAAUGGAAAGAGGGUCAAACUAUUUUACGGCAUGAGUUCAGCCACUGCAAUGAAAAGACAUACUGGAGGCGUGGCAGAGUACAGAGCUUCUGAAGGAAAAACUGUCGAAGUGGAAUACCGAGGCGAUGUUGAACACACGAUUCUUGAUAUCCUCGGUGGAGUUCGUUCUACGUGUACAUACGUAGGGGCACAAAAACUCAAGGAACUGAGCAGACGUACAACUUUUAUACGCGUCACCCAGCAAACCAAUGAUAUAUUUGGCAAUAAAACAUAGAAGUCAUACAAGACACGUACUUGUUAUAAUAAUAGAUAUCUGCUCAUCUAGGUCAUCUUUAAGCGUUAUAGUCAGUGAUGUUGUCUUAUAGAAAAUUUAGAUAUAAUUUACAUAAUUGCAGUGCCUCAUUUGUGAAAUAUUCAUGAUCUAAUUCUAUGCUUAGCAGGGGUAAAAAUGAAUUUCAGAACAUAUUCUUUUUUUAGUUAAAUGCUUACUACUACCGACUUUUGCAGUUGUAUUCUAUUAAUGAUAUGCUUUCUUGCUAUGUACAAGUGCAUGAGAUGGCAGUGUUGUAUUAGUACUUCCCUACUUUGUUUAAUGAGGAAACUGAUAAUUGUGGAUAACUUAAUUGCCAUGACAUUUCAAAAACGACUGAAAUUUGAUUUUAAAUUACAGAGAAUACUCAAAUUGAUAAUCAUUGCAUUCAUGAACACUCAAAAUGUAUAGCAGUACAUAUAUAACGCAAUUUUUAAAACUACAUCUCACUAUUUUGUUUUAUUUAUACUAUUGCCAUAAGCUACACUAAUUCUGAUUGAACGUGUCCAAUUACAGAACCAUGUGCUCUACUGGAUGUGUAACAUGCUGUAUUAUACAACUGAUUUAAACUUGAUGAGACGUAACAUGAUCAAGACAAUAAUACAUUUCUGGUAAUUUUAAUUUAUGUUCAAAUGUGUGAAUUGAAGUGAAUAAACAAAUAUUUCAACUUGU